UCCCCCAACACGAACCAAAAUCAGAUCAGAUCAUCAGUCAAGGCCUGCCAUUUGAUUGCAGACUUUGCGGUCGUUGAAGGGUUCAGUCGAGCUGCACGCGCUACCGAAAAUUGAUGUCCAUUUUUCUAACAAAGUAACUUUUUUCACAAAUGAUUGGUAAUCUAAAUUUAUGGUUUAUUUACAAAAUUUUAUGAAACGGAUCAGCCACCACGAAAUUAUAUCUACAGUUAACAGUCUACCUAUUGACUAUAAAAGUCCAUAAUUUAGUAAUUUCGUCACGGAUUCUGAAUUUAGUAAUACUUAGUAAAUGAGGAUGGCAAGGUCAAUGAAUUGUUCAUGUUUUGCCAAACUUGAUGAUGAUUGAGUAAUUUGAGUUCUCUCACUGCUCACUGCCACUGAGAUGUUAUCAGAAGAUCUGCUUGCUCAGCUGGAGCUGGUGAUGACAGAGUUCUUCACUGACAACACAAGCAAUGAUAGAAAACGUGAGAUUGAAGAUCAGCUCAAUGCUGUGUGGCUGCAGCCUGAAGCCUGGCGGCACUGCCUCUACUGUAUCGGUCACACAGCCAAUGAAUAUGUUGCCAUGGCCUGCAUCACUGCUCUUGAGAACCUGAUCAACCGUCAAGUGGGCUGUGCCCUUAGCUCUGCUCAGCUGACAGAGGUCCGUGAGAGCGUUCUGACCACCAUACGGCAGAAGCAUCACACACUACAGGCUUUUGUGCGGAACAAGCUUAUCAAAGUUGUUGUUGAUGUUGCCAGGGCCCAGUGGCCCUAUGAAUACCCCAACUUUAUGGAGGACAUCAUGAUGCUUGGUCAGCAGUCGCAGGGAGAGGCUGGUAGCAGCGAGGUGCUGUGUCUGGUCGCCCUCCAGGUCGCCAUGGAGGAGCUAGCCAUACGCGAGCACCAGCUCAUGCCGCACGCCAGGAAGCUGCAACUACGACAACAGCUGCACGUCCAUGCACCCCACAUGCUGGCUUACGUUACUGGAGUUCUGGAGAAGCUGCUGCUCUGCAACACCAGCGACGGCAACCAGAGGAGGGGCACAACCACUCCCCCUCCUUCCCCUUCACAUUCCCCUGCCAGCCCCGCAUCCCCACCAGCGCUGAUCUCAUCCCCUGCUGCUCGUCACUUAGACAGCGUGCUUAGGAUGCUUGAGCAGCGAUCAUGCCAGCACUACGAGCCUCGCCCAGGCUGGCUGCACGUCGCCGUGACGUGUCCCCCUCGUCUGGACGCUGCAGCAGACAACGUAGCGUACGCGGCACUGAACUGUCUGGCGCAGCUGCUGGCGUGGGUGCCGCUAGAGCUGCUAGCCCAGCACCACUGCAAGGCCCUCGAUCUUGUCUUCACCUUCGCUGCCCUCGGUGGCCUGCAGGCGAUGAACUCGAGCAGCAGCAACACGGUGAGCAUCAGCGCGCUGUCGUGCGUCCAGGAGUUCCUGUCUCGCUCCUGCAUCCCGCCCUCCGUCAACGCCCUCCUCCUGCACGUCCUGCACUCCUGCCAAGUGCUCGUGCACCACCUGCUGGGCUCCUCUGCAGCCGAGGGUGUAGGGCUCGGCCAGGUCCCAGGGGCGUCUGCCAAGCAGCGCCUCGCCAGCCUGCACCCAACUUACCUCGACAAAGUUACUGAACUCGUCCGCAUUUUCGUCUCCGUUUAUUUGAGGAGGUUUGAGCAGCAUCCGCAGUUCAGCGUUGAGGAGUUCCUUGCUCUCCUCUUCAGGUUUAGUUUCAGCCAGCCUUCCCUCGAUGGCUACUUGGACUGCCUGGAGAUCUGGUCUGCGCUGCUCGAGCACAUUUCCUCAAAAGGCGGUCACGAAGGUUCAGGAGUCGCGCCUCAUCAGCUGGAGCGCUACUCCAGCGUGCUGGAGCUGCUGGCCCAGGGUGUUCUCCACAAAAUACAACUCCGACACAAUCAGUGCGAGCUCGAGGAGCUGGACUACGACCUGCUGGAGGAAGCGGGACAGAGCGAGCCUGACGCCGCCGACUACUCUGAUGCCUGGGAGGACCAGCAGCAGAGCUGGGGCUCUGGAGGCGGCGGUGUCGAGCAUCUCACAGAGCAGUCAGAGUGUCAGAGCUACUUCAGUCAUAACCUAGACCUUCUCGCCAGGCUGGCUGACAUCAUGCCUGAUAAAAUCAUGGACAUGCUCGUGCCGGCAUGGCAGGAGAACUGCGCUGUGUACCUCAGCGUCGAGUCAAGUCUUCAUCUGGAGCGCGUCCACGAGCCUGGGGGAGCUUCCUCCCUCAGGAUAAGCGGCCAGUGGGGGGUGUCAGAGGAGGUGCUGCUGAGCGUGCACGUCGCCCUCCGUGACCUGUGCUCCCUCCUGCAGCUGCUGGGGCGCCUCGCCACCACCUUCCUGGGGGCACAGCUCGUGCCACGAGCCUCCACUGCUAUGGCCACCAUACACAGGCUGGUCGAGCUGGGCGAGUUCGGGAUGCGCCUGCAGUUGUACAGCCUCGACACCUCCAUAGAGCUCCUCAAGGCGGACCUCAUACAAGUUCACUGCGAGGUGCUGUGCAGUCUGCGCGCGUGGUCGCACUGGCUGUCGCAGUUGUACGGCCAGCAGUUCGCCGAGUCCCGCUGCUCCUCUGAAGCUCCUUCCCUCUCACCGUCCUCGUCGGUGCCCUCGCCGCCCUCUGACUCCUGCGCGGACAAAAGCAAGCCGAGCAACGGGUGUGGCGGCGUGUUGGUGUCAUCUCACCCGCACCUCGAGACCUGCCACGAGCUCAACCGCCAGCUGCUGGUGCUCGCCGCGUCCGCCGUACACGGCGCCACCACUGACAACGUGCCGUGGCUGGUGGUGCGGUGUGGAGUGCAGCUGCUGCUCACGGUCUCGCUGCUCGUGGUGAGCCCCGUGGCGCUGCAGGUGCAGCAGGUGCAGCUGCUCUACUCAGCACCUGUGUACUCGCACAGCACGCCACCUGGCAAGGUGCGGGAGAUGUUGUACCGCGCGCUGGUGAACUUCCUGCUGCUGCCGUGGCCUGCGUACAGCCUGCAGCAGCAGCAGCAGCCUGCAGACCACGUGCAGGACAGACCGCGUCUGCUGGCCUCCUUCAUGCAGCUCAUCACGCAGCCCCUAGCAGACCAAGACCCUCAGCUGCUGAUGGCAGAUCCUGCACUCAGGGAGAAAGGUGUGCUGCUGGAGAUGGUGGGCACGGUGAUGUGGAGUGUGGGUGUGGUGGGCGGGGUGGGCAGCAGCGAGGUGUGCUGCUGGGUAGAGCGACUCGUGCAGCUCGUGACGAGCGAGCAGCACCUCAGCCUCGCUCUUGCCAACGAUCAGUCGCCCCAAGCCGCCGUUCUCGCCAGAUUCCUGCAGUUGCUGUCGCUGGUUCUGAGUGAUCCGAGCCCGGGCCUGAAGAGGCUGGUGGGCGUGGUGGUCGCCACGCUGGAUGAGCUCUACCCGCAAGUCUCACAGCAACCCACCGCCGCCGCCAUCAGACAGCCUCUCUUUGCCGUCCUCAGGACGCUCCUCGAACAUAACUGGAAGUUUUUCUAUAGGUCGACGGUGCAGCAGCCGCUGAGCCAGAGCGCGUGGGAGGAGGUGCAGCACGGGGAGCACCUCACGCGUAUCCUGCAGGCGUUCGGGCAGUCCUUCAUGCAGACCGACAUCGCUGUCUUCAGACAGAACCUCUCCACACUCCAGCUCCUCAACGCCAAGUUCAGGCUCUACAGUAAGAAUGUGUUUCGCCCUCUGCUGAGCCAGUUCAUCACGGUCCUGCUGCAGGUGUUGCUGCACGGUUCACACGCUCUGCUCCAAGAUGAGAUUAUCGCGUGUGUGUACCACAUGGCGUCAGUGGACCUGGUCGCCUUCAACUCUCAGUUCCUGGAGAACUUCCUGCGCAACAUCCACGCCCUCACUGACGACCAGCGCGCCGCCCUCAAGAGGGACUUCUCCGCUGACUCUCUCCUCAAUGUUUGUACGCUUGAUAGCCUGUCUCUUAUACACAUCUAG